AUGUCAGUUGAAGAAGACCAUGACGAUGUCAUGAGUGAAGAGGAUAUCACAGUAGUAGAGUCGAUGACAAGUCAAGAGCAUGCUUCAAAGAAAAGGAAAUUUACAUCAAAAGUAUGGAAUGAUUUUCAUUGGUCACGAGACAAAGAUGGUAAAGAAAAGGCUACGUGCAAGAAUUGUAGGAAGGAAUAUGCUUAUGACAGUCAGAAAGGAGGAACAUCAACUAUGUCAAGGCAUUUAAAGAAGUGCCCUAGACUGAAGAUGCAAGAUGUGGGGCAACUUUUGUUAUCUACAAAUAAUGGAGAACUGGCUACUCGUGCACGCAAAAUAGAUCAAUCAAAGUUUCGGGAUUUAGUUGCAAGACUAAUUAUUGGUAAAAAUCUCCCCUUUAAUUGUGUAGAAUGGACUGAAUUUAGGGAGUUAUGUAGUUAUCUGAAUGUCGAUGUUGAAACCAUAUCAAGGAAUACUACAAGGUCUGAUAUUCUUAAAAUGCAUAAGUUCCAAAAAGAAGUUAUUCGCAAGAAAUUACAAUGUUCUCCAGGUAAAAUGUGUCUAACAUCAGACAUGUGGACCUCCGUCAACACCACUGGAUACAUAAGUUUAACAGUACACUUUGUUGAUCAAGAUUGGGUAUUGCAGAAGUUUCUUUUAAAUUUUUCUCCACUGCCACCACCCCAUACUGGUCAAGCACUUUCAGAUAAGUUAUUUCUGAUGUUAAAUGAUUGGGGAAUUGAAGGAAAAGUAACCAGCAUCACUUUGGAUAACGCUGCAUCAAAUACUUCAUGUGUUAAGAUAAUGAAGAGUCGAUUCAUUGCAAGGAAUGUUAUGUCGGAUACUGGGAAAAGAAACUUUCAUAUAAGGAUUUGUGCUCACAUAAUAAAUCUUAUUGUAAGAGAUGGACUGACAGAGAUUGAUCCAGCAGUAAUCAAGAUAAGGUUAGCAGUGAAGUACCUUAAAGGUUCACAAAGAAGAAAACAAAAUUUCUUGGAUACUGUCAGCGAUUUAGGAAUGUCAGUAAAGAUGGGUGUUCGACAAGAUGUUAAGACAAGAUGGAAUUCUACUUAUCUGAUGUUACAAAGUUGUAUUUCGUAUGAAAAAGUCUUCACUCAUUUGAGGUUGGUGGACCCUGACUAUGCAGAGUCUCCUAAUGGGGAAGAAUGGGAGCAAAUCAAAGUGGUCACGAAGUUUCUCAAGGUCUUUUAUGACCUCACGACUCUAUUCUCUGGAAACAAGUAUCCUACUUCUAAUUUUUAUUUUGAUGGGGUUUGUCAAAUUAAAGUAUUAUUAGAUCAAGAGACAACUAAUGACAUUGAGUUCAUCAGAAACAUGGCGAAGAAAAUGCAAGAAAAAUUUGCCAAGUAUUGGAAAAAAUUGAGUCCAAUAUUGGCAAUGGCAGUCGUUUUAGACCCUCGAUUGAAGUUUGAAUUUGUAGAGUUUACUUUAGAAAAGGUGUAUCCUGUUGAGCGUGAAAUGAAGAAGGAAGUUGAUAUUAUUAGAAAAAGGAUGGCGGCACUCUAUAAAGAGUAUCAUACGGCGUCAACUUUAAGAGGUUCGACAACAACCAAUGAAACUCAGAAUUCGGGUACUGUAAAUGGUGGGAAUUCUGGACUCAAUGGAAGUGCUUUUAUGAAGGAAUUUGCCGCGGCAAAAAAAAAUGGUGGUCAACAAUCUGACAAGUCAGAACUAGAACAAUAUCUAAGCUAG